GCUCAGCUCCGAUCUCUCCAGGCCGUGUGCUGGGCUUCGUUUCAUCCGGGUUGCGGGUCACGUCCCCGGGAAUAUGCAGCGCGCGUGGAUACUCCUUACCUUGGGCUUGAUGGCCUGCGUGUCGGCGGAGACGAGAGCAGAAUUGACAUCUGAUAAGGACAUGUACCUUGACAACAGCUCCAUUGAAGAUGCUUCGGGUGUAUAUCCUAUUGAUGAUGAUGACUAUUCUUCAGCUUCUGGCUCAGGAGCUGAUGAAGACAUAGAGAGUCCAGAUCUGACUACAUCUCGACUGAUUCCAAAGAUCUCAUUCACUAGUGCUGCUCCCAAAGUGGAAACCAUGACACUGAAGACACAGAGCAUUACGCCUGCUCAGACCAAGUCACCUGAAGAAAUUGACAAGGAGAAAGUUGACAUCUCUGAGGUAGAAGAGAAGCUAGGACCUGCUGUGAAGAGUACAGAUGUGUACACGGAGAAACAUUCAGACAAUCUGUUUAAACGGACAGAAGUCCUCGCAGCUGUCAUCGCUGGUGGCGUGAUCGGUUUUCUCUUUGCCAUUUUCCUCAUUCUGCUGUUGGUGUACCGUAUGAGGAAGAAAGAUGAAGGAAGUUAUGACCUUGGGGAACGCAAACCAUCCAGCGCAGCUUACCAGAAGGCGCCUACUAAGGAGUUUUAUGCAUAAAGUUCCCACUUAGUGUCUCCAUUUGGGAGAUCACUGAACUUUACAAAAUAAAGCUUUGGCAUAGAAUAAUGAAGAUCUUUGUUAUUUGUUUUGUUCAUUACAGAGCCAUACUGGCCCUUUAAUGAUAAAAAUCCCAUUGUAUUUAAAACUUCACGUGUUUCUUUAGAAUGACAUAAAAGUAAAAAUUUAACAUCUUCAGUGUUGUGUGAAUAGCAGUGGCAAAAUAUUAUGUUAUGAAAACCCUUGACAUCCAUGGAAUUGAUUUGAACAUCUAUGUGCAAAUAUAAAAUGAUUGUGUUUGUCCUCCGGUUCAAAGAUGAUGGCUGUUCCCCUCGUCAGCAUGUCUCCAGUUGACCUUACCAAAUUAGUCUUUGUUAAUUUAUCUCUUAUCCCUCUCCUCUACCCUCCCUUCUUGUCCUCUUCCUUAAAAACAAAACCUUAUGCCUUUUAUAGCUGUAAUGGUGCAAUUUGUCUUCGAAUGAUUACAAUAAUGGUAAUUUAGUGUAUAUGUGAUUUUUUUUCAAAUAUGAAAACCUUAACUUCUACUUAAUGUAAUUUUUUUUAAAUGUCAGACUAUCCAUUUUACACUUGCUUUAUUUUUCGUUACCUGUAGCUUCAGGCAGAUUUGCAACAGCAAAUUAAUGUGUAAAAUUGGAUUAUUACUACGAAGCUGUUUAGUCCUAGCUAUCUAAUCAGAUCUUCUUUUGUGAGGAUUUGACAUUACCGACAAGCCUCAGCAAACCCAAAGAUGCUAACAGUAUUUUGAGAAGUUGCUGCAGAUUCCUUUGGCCACUGUACUUGUUAAUUUCUUGCAAUUUAAAGGUACGAGAAAGAGUUUAAAGAAAAAAAGAUCAGUUUUUGUUCUUAAAAAUGCAUUUAAGUUGUAAACAUCUUUUUAAGCCUUUGAAGUGCCUAUGAUUCUAUGUAAUUUGUUGCAGACUGGUGUUAAUGAGUAUAUAUAUAACAGUUUAAAAAAAAGUUGGUAUUUUAUAAGCACAGACAAUUCUAAUGGUAACUUUUGUAGUCAUAUGAAUAGACGUAAAUUGUAAUUUGGGAACAAACAAACUACUGAAUAAAUCAUGUGGCCUAAUAUUGAGAAUGUCACUGUUAUAAAUUUUGUACAUUUCUUAUCUAAUGUACAUCUCCCCUUUGCUAUGACUGGCCGUCUGCUCUCAGUGAUAAUGUGGGUUUAACUUCUGAGUAUUCCACUGUGUCCAUAAGUCAAGACCAAAGAGCCCUCAGUGAGGCUGUUUAUUACCAGAUCCACCUCUGAACUGGCCAGAGGAAGUGUAUGUAUCAUUCCGCAUGUGUCUGGGUUCAGGGAUAGGAAGCCUGCCAGGGGAUUUCAAGGUUUGCAACCUUUAUAGAAUAGCUACUGGCAAUAUUGAGACAGAUGCCUUCUUUUGCAAUUUACUCUUAGAAGUAUAAAUUCCAAAGAAGUGAAGGGACCUUUCUCGAAGUAGGUAUCUGGGGAUCAGUCCUAUGGAAUCAUUUCCCUGUCAAAGCUCCCCCAAAGAUUGGCAGAAAAAAAAUUGAGGAACACCACAGCCACUCUAUGGGGCAGGAGAGAGGGCAGGGGAGGCUCUGGAUGUUAAAUGACAGCUUUGCUACUUAGGAUGGAUGUUUCUAGAAAAAAGUACUACCAGAGGAGGAGAUGGGGGUAUCCUGAUUGGAUACUCACUGUACAGAGCAUUUCCUUUUGCUACUCUAUUUUCUAUUUUACCAUUAAUUUUAUUUUUAAACCGUGAGCCGUGGACAUAGAAAGAAGACAGCAAGAACCGCAACUUUUCCAGCAUAAAAUUUACUUUUAACAAAGUUUGACUGUCAUUUGAGAACUUUCCCUGGACUUGUCAUAGAACUCAUUCAAACAAAAUUAAAGCAACACUUAGAACAGUGUUUUAUCUGAAUCCUUAAUGGCCUUAAUUCCCAAAUUGCUGUCAAAUUACAGAUGUAAUUCACUUUGUUUAGGAUGAUUAAAAGGAAAUGACGGCCCUUCCAAAGCUGCACAAUGCCCCUCAAUUACAGAGGCUGAGAAUGUAGUGGGUAUACCUCUAACUGUGCAAAACAGUGAAAUCCUAUUUGUAGAACAACUUGCUUGGGAUAUCUGUGCCAGGAAAAAAUAUUCUGGCAAAUAUUUUGUCACUGCUGUAAAGCAAAUUUGUUAAAGUGCCAAAAUAAAGUCUGUCAUGCUGAAAGUAAAUCAUUGUAUAGACUCACAUCCAGUUUUCUGUACGCUUUUUGCUCAGUUUUUUUUUUCUUAACUUUUAAGAUACAGUAAAUAAUAGCAUAAAACUGUUAGUAAUCAUAACUGAAUUCAGGAAAAUUUUGGUAAAAUACAAAUAUUAAAGCCAGUGUGGUAUUUCUUGCUUUUUAAAA